AUGACGACGUUGGAGGAAAAGGACCCUGAACAGGCCGUGCCAGUGGUUGAGUUUGACACGAAGUCGACGCGAUCCUCCAGGGCCCUCUCUGUCGACGGGGAAUCCGUCACGACCUACUCCAAGUCUCACUACGGCUCUAUGUCCGACAGUGAUGAGCCUGGUCCUUCGGCUCCUCCACCCAUUGUGUUGGCCGAGAAGGAGCAACGGGCUGUCUUGUUUUUCAAGGUCCUUGUCAUUGUCGUGUUGGGCUUGUCCUUGAUUGCCCUGGCGACUGCCACCUAUCUUCUCAUCCGCAACGAGGAGCAGGAUGACUUUGAGGCCCAGUUCAACAGCUACGCGUCCGAGAUCAUUGCGGUUUCCAAGAGGAACCUCGCCAACUCGAUGAGGGCAUUGGACGGUUUCACAGUCAUGCUCACCAGUUACGCCAAGAGUACCAACCAGACCUGGCCUUUCGUCACCGUCCGAGACUACGAAGCUAGGGCCACCAAGACUGUCGAGAUGGUGGGCGCCUUCUUCAUGAUCUUGGGUCCGUACGUGACUGGAGAACAGCGCCUUGAAUUUGAAGAGUAUGCUCUUUACAACAAGGAGUGGGCCUGUCAGCAAACCUUGGACUAUGUCGCACCCGGCGAAGACUAUAACAUUUCUGAAAUCUACCCCAUGGAUGUCAUCAGCGUUCGUCCCAACAUCUCCAAUACAGAGCAGUUCCCACAAACUGGACCCGGUCCGCACAUUGUCAACUAUCAGUUGGCGCCCACAGCUCCAGGCAGAAACACUAUCUUUCGCAUGUCGGACAUGUACGAAGACACACAGGGCACUGUUCCCAAUGCCUUUGAGACCAUGAAGAUCACCAAGACACCCACCAUCAACUUUGGAAUCUACGGACUCAGCCAGAUCCUGUUUCCUAUCUUUGAAGACGUCCCCAAUCCCAACAUCCCGGGCAGUCUCGAUGAAAGCAAGGUCGUUGCCAUCUUGCGCACCACGGUAAAAUGGGAGAACUAUCUCAAGAACUUGGUCCCUCCAAAUGUCAAUGGAAUUGUCGUUGUCUUUGAGUCGAGCUGCAACAAGACAGUCUCUUACGAAAUUGAUGGGUUGAAUGCAGCUCCCUUGGGAAACGAAGACAUGUCUGAUCCUAACUACGCUCAUCUUGCCGUGGAGGAAGAGUUCCUCACCAUCCCCUACAGCGAAGAUGUUGUGCUCCCUCCCCACCUCUGUGUCCCUCAAAUCAAGAUUCGAGUGGUUCCGUCCCAAGAGCUCGAAGAAACGUUCAUGACCAAUAGGCCUUAUUACUAUGCUGCCAUCGUGGCGUCAGUUGUCUUGUUCACCGCACUCAUUUUCGCGCUGUACGAUCAAACUGUGCGACGUCGUCAGAGGAUCUUUAUGCAGCGAGUCAUCCGCCAGGACCGCAUCGUUUCCAACGUUUUCCCAGCGGCCAUUCGUGAUCGUCUCUACAACGUGCAACCCCAGAGCAAAUUGCAUGGAGACGGUAGCUCCACUAUGACCGAUCUGGAUCUCGAUGAUCCCUUUGGUUUGCUUUCGACCCCGCCCAUUGCGGACCUGUUUCUGAGCUCAACGGUGCUUUUCGCGGACAUCAGUGGAUUCACAGCAUGGAGUUCUGCGCGUGAACCGCCCCAAGUAUUUGCUUUGUUGGAAUCAGUCUACUCCUCCUUUGACAAGGCCGCUAAUAGCCUGGGAGUGUUCAAAGUUGAGACGGUCGGAGAUUGCUACGUUGCCUGUUGUGGUUGUCCUGAGGAAAACGAAAACCAUGCUUUGGUAAUGGCAAGGUUUGCCAGAGAAUGUAAUGUCAAGAUGAAGCAGAUGACGCGCAAGCUGGAGGUUCGCUUAGGUCCUGACACAGGCGACCUAAAGCUCCGCAUUGGCCUUCACUCAGGUCAAGUGACUGCUGGAGUUCUCCGUGGUGAACGUUCACGAUACCAAAUCUUCGGUGAUACGGUGAACACCACGUCUAGAAUUGAAAGCACAGGUAUGGGUGGCAAAAUCCAUGUGUCGAAUAUCACAGCUGAACUGCUGCGCACGAAACAUAACAAAGAGCAGUGGUUGAUUCGUCGGAGCGAGUUGACGCCAAUCAAAGGCAAAGGCGACCUCCAGACGUUCUGGCUCGAAACCAAAUCGGACACAGCCAAACGUGAAAAGUACGGACACAAGGACAGGAAGUCAGCCGCCCCCUUGGAAGAGUCCGGCCAUCAGAUGUUGUCUAUUCAGGAGGAAAACGAUGUAGCACGUGAGGACGAAUCUGAAACCUUUGUCGAUCCUGAUGAAGAGGAUGAUGCCGGUCUCAGUUCAAAGAAAGAACGGUUGGUGGGAUGGCUUGUCGAGGUCAUGGUCAAGCUUCUGCAACAGGUUGUUGCUGCUCGGAAUAGCUCCCAGACUUCCAAGUCGAGGAAGCCGAGUCGAAACUUUGAAGAGAAGAUCGGUCAAGGUGCGACUGUUCUUGAAGAAUUCAAGGAAAUCAUUCACCUUCCCAAGGUUUCCAAUGAAGACAUUUUCCGACGACAAGACCCCGAUUCAAUUGAGUUGGGUGAAGCAGUCAUCUCUCAACUACGCGACUACAUUGCGUGCAUUGCUGAUAUGUACAACCCAAAUUCGUUCCACAACUUCGAGCAUGCCGUUCACGUCACUUCUUCGGUCAGGAAGAUGUUGACCCGCAUCGUGAAGCGCACAGGUGUUUCACAAGAAAAUGCCCCGGGUCUAGUGGAUAUGGCAGGGCAUUCUUAUGGAAUCACAUCGGACCCAAUGACGCAGCUGGCCGUCAUCCUUUCUGCUGUUAUGCACGACGCUGACCAUCCUGGUGUGGGCAAUGUGCAGCUAGUGAAGGAGAACACUCCCAAUGCCAUUCGUUACAAGAAGAGUAUUGCCGAACAGAACUCCGUCGACCAAUGCUGGGAGCUGCUGAUGAGGCCAGACUACAAGGACCUCCGUGCCUGUAUUUACACAACGGAGGACGAGUUGUUGCGAUUCCGUCAGUUGGUUGUCAACACAGUCAUGGCAACUGACAUUGUCGAUAAAGAAUUGGGUGCCCUUCGUAAAGGACGCUGGGAGAAGGCGUUCACCAAGGAACUCUUUGACGUGGACUGUGUGGAUAGGAAGGCCACCAUCGUGAUUGAGCAUCUUAUUCAGGCUUCUGACGUUUCCCAUACCAUGCAGCAUUGGCAAAUUUACAAGCGAUGGAAUGAGAGAUUCUUCGAAGAGGUAUACGGUGCCUGGAAGGCCGGUCGUGGUGGUGACACGGAUCCUUCAUUGGGUUGGUACAAGGGCGAGAUUGGUUUCUUUGACUUCUAUGUGAUCCCCUUGGCCAAGAAGCUUGAAAGCUGUGGUGUUUUCGGAGUCAGUUCACACGAAUACUUGCAGUACGCUCAGCAAAACCGCGAGGAAUGGGUCAGGAAGGGAGAGGAUAUUGUGAAGGAAUAUCUUGUCAAGUACGGCUCCAGUGCGGAUUCCAAUGAUGCGCGCGUCGACAUGUCUUGCUAG